UUUAACAACACACACAUGCAUUUGCAUUUCGGCAUUCUGCUAGAUAAAUUAUAUAUAUAUUUUUAGUAGCCGGGUUUUGGUAGUACCUAUAUUUUCGGCGUUGCGUGAGGUGCCGCAUUUAAAGGAAUCGCAUUCAAAGUUCUUAUUAAACCCACCUAACCAAUCCGCGGACAUACACACAAUAUGUCUCAGCAAACACGCGGCGGUGCCGCAGGCAAGGAACCAGGCAGCAAAUACGAUCUCACCAAGAUUGGAGCGCGCGUCGAUCGCGUGAACGUCAGUGGUUUGCUGCGCACCCACAAUGAUUAUGUGAUGCGUGCCGCCGAGGGACUCUUCAAGGCCAAUAACUUUCAGCAACUAAUGCUGGAGGCCAUGUCUGCCAAAUCCUAUCUGCAUGAGUUGGGCAUUUUCAAGGAUGUGAGCGUCCACAUAGACAUAAGUCGUGGCCCUGAUGCAUCGCCACAAGGCUAUGAAGUCACGCUCAAGGGCAAGGAACUGUCACGCGUGAUUGGUUCUGCUGGUACGGAAGUGGGUCAGAACGAGGGCUCGCUACGCACAGAACUGACCAUACCGAACAUUUUGGGACGUGGCGAGAGUAUCUCUCUCCAGGGCAGCUACAGCAGUACUCGUGCCAAUGAUCUGCAGCUCAAGUUCUGGAAGCCUUUCUUUCACACACGUUUCCGCGAGAAUCGACCCGAACUAUCCUUCAGCAUUUUUAGAAACACAGAUCGUUUCGAUAUCAGCUCUUUUCAGACUAUCAACAUGGGUUAUCUGAUAGAUUUCUCGGCACACACACAGCUGGGUGUAGAUCUGACGCACUCGCUGCAGUACGAGAACUCGAUCAGAGAUCUGGGUUUGCUGAACAAAUCAGUACCCUUCGCCAUACGCGACCACUGUGGUCCCAAGUUGGCUUCGCUGGUGCGCUACUCUGUGGUGUACGAUAAUCGCGAUGGCACAGUUUUCCCAACACGCGGCCUUCUGCUGAAGUCAAUCAACGAGUACUGCGGCUUAGGUGGCAAUGUUGCUUACACGAGUAGCACGGCGCAUGCGGAAGUGAAUGUUCCACUUUUCGCCGGCUUUGUGGCACAGUUCUGUGGCCGUGUGGGCGUGGUGCGUGAGACCAAACAAACUACUACUCUGCCCAUCAACAAUCUGUUCUAUUGCGGUGGUCCAUUGACGUUGCGUGGCUUUAAAUACGGCGGUGCUGGUCCAGUUAUUGAUGGCACGGCAAUUGGUGCGCAAACUUUUUGGUGCACCGGUGCACAUUUGUGGGCACCGCUUCCAUUUGCCGGCGUCUUCAAGGGACUGGCCAACAAUUUCCGCAUGCAUUUCUUCUACAAUGUGGGCAACAGCAAUUCCUGGACGACGGAUAAUAUGCGCAGCGCUUUCGGCAUGGGUCUGGCACUGAAGCUGGCCGAACGGGCACGCAUUGAACUCAACUAUUGUGUCCCCGUGCGUCGCCAACUGACCGAUAAGGUGCUUAAUGGCUUUCAAUUUGGCAUUGGUUACGAGUUUGUUUAAGCCAUGUGCUUGUUUGUAUUUGUUGUACUUAGCAAAAGCCUCGCCGACUGCCCAAAUAAAAAAUAAUGAUACUAAUAAUAACAAUGUCAAACGAAGACGCAAGCAAAAGCCAUGAGAGGGGUCCCGCAAACACACACAGACACACACACACACACUCAUGCAAGAAAUUAGCUUUCUGCCCCAGUCAAAGUUUAAUUUACGCGUAAUUUUGUAAACGACUUAUCCGAUAUUCUUUUUAUUGUAUUUGUGUCAAUGCAUUUUUCCUAAAUUCCUAAAUUUUAGUCGAGCAUAUUAAGUAGUUUUAAGUCGCAUAUUGUACAUACACAAACGGUUGAACAAAUAAAAAUGUUAGAGGACAAAAACGAAG